AUGACUGAAAGAGGAUAUGAUGGGGAACAGUCAUCUGCAUGGGAUAUUCCUGGUCCGUCGUCUAUAGCUGCAAUUUUGGAUACUGUUUAUACAUCUCCCGCUUCUGACAACAUAAUACGGAGUGAUGAAAUGGAUUGUGAACCAUUGUUUGCUGAAAGUGAUGAUGAUGUAGAAGUUUUACCUGUUCCUAUUGAAGAAGUUAUGUCGCAAAUUCGAGGGCCAAUACCAAAGAGUGCAAUGUCAAAUUAUGUUAAUUCAACAUCACCAAUCCAACCAUUAUCGCAUCCUGUUUCUGCAUAUACACCCGUUCCAGAAGAAUAUCAGCCACUACCAGAUAGUUCCAGUUCUAUAGACUAUGUUCUUGGAAGGGGUAACUCUGACAAUACUAUUUCGAAUAAUCCUGGUUACAGUGAUAUUAAUAUGCGUUAUCAACCUAAACCAGCAAAUCAAAGUGGUUACUUUUACUCAAAUUAUCCACCCAGUCAUUACGCAAGUGUAAGAUCAACAUCUCAGUAUGUAGUUUCUCCAUACUCUACUAACAAUAGGAUUGUUGUUGGUGAUGAUAGAAAUUACUUGCCAAUAAAUUAUACAUUGGCUGCAAAUCAGGCCCCUGUACCAGAUAAUAUUUCUCAUAUGGGAUAUGAACAAAGACAACCUAAUAUAAAUGAUCCUGUCACUCGUUAUUCUGGUAAUGGGAGUCAAAGUCAAGCAAAUAGCUUAGAGAGACCUAGCCGCCAAUUAAAUAUAUCCCCUGGUAGAAAGCUAUCUAAAGAAAGUGAAGCAAACCCAAAUUUGAUAGAAGUUAGUUCCGAGGAAGAGGAAAAUCCAUCCACAACUAGUAGACCACAGCAUCCAUCCACAACUAAUAGUAAUGUCAAUUUAACUAGAGCACACUCAAAUUGCAAUAGAUCUGUUGAUUCAAGCUCAGAUGCAUUUAUAGAUGUAAAAAGGGAACCUCAAAAUCAACCUAGUACUUUACCUAACAAUGUCAGGCAAAAUGCAACUCAAAGUCUUCACACAAAUAGGCCAAACCAAGUUAACUAUAUUCAAGCGCACAUACAUAAUCGGCCUCCCUAUGUUCAUCAGCACAUUAUCAAACAGGAGAAUAUCCCAAAUCGUAAUAAUGCACAUGUAAAUAAUCAAAGAGUAUGCAUACAUCAUAUUGAAAAUACUAGAGCUCAUAGGUCUAAUCCAAAUUAUCAUAGUGGAUCGCAUAACCAAACUCCUCAUAUUCGUAGGAUAUCACAAGAUAAUCAAAAUCCUACUAUAGUGAAUAUUAAACAGGAAUAUCGUCAACCAGUUGUUAAAACUGAAAAUGUAGAAAGAGAUAGUAGCAGUAAUACAGAGCCUAAUACUGGAAUUGUUAAAGUUGAAUCGCUUGAAUCUGUCACUGUCAAGACUGAACCUGUGUCCAGCCCUCAGAACAGUGUAACUAGUGACAGUAAUAGUACUACUCAGGUCAAAAUAGAGAAAAUAGAGUUUCAAGAGCCAAGAAGACCAAAAGAAUCUUCUCCUCAACCUGGUACUAGUUCAGGGAGAAAUGUGUCACAAUCUGAAAGCUCUGCUACAAGUCAAAGCACUAGUACCGAACAGGUAAGUCCACCAAGUAGUUCAAAUGCAUCAAGUGCUAGCAGUGGGAAUGUGUUAUCUGCACCCGACUUACAGUUGGAUUGGGUGUCUGAUUCUAGUUCAGACAAUGAUAUACAAGUUUUGGAAGAUCAAAAUAGACAAGUGAUAGACCUGACAAACUCGCCGGGACGCAACGCGCCCAGCGAGGGCUCUGCGCCGGAGGCGGGGCGCUCGCCGCGGCCGCUGUUCGAGGCGGUGCCGCACAGGGACCCGCCGCCGCAGAUAUAUCACACGCCUCCCAUACUACCUGGGAAUCCCAUGUUGCAGAGACGGAAUAGUGACUUAAAUAAGCCAAGCGAUGGCCCUAGCGGCAGGCUAAGGGCCGUUGACAAGUGGCUAGAGCUAGCGAAUGCGCUCAACUUGGACACGACGGGGACUUCCAAGCCGGUAGAAAAGUGGAAAAAGGUUGGACCACCUGAGCCACCCGUAGCAUCGAAUUUGGGCCUUCUGCCAGUAGCAGUGUCACCCACACCAAUGGAGCAAGUUGUCCAAGUUGAGAGCAUUAUUGAAGAGUGGAACAAGCCUGGGGAAGGUGGCCAAUCGGUAAGCACGUUCCAAACUGAUAUGGUGGAUAAUAGUGCCAUCUCCCCCACAACACACCACGCCAUCAGCCCUCAACGGCACACCGCACCGCGACGCGCGAUCAGUGGGCGCCGCCGCUUGCUACGUUCGCCGGCACCAGCGCCCCCUCAUAGUCGUCGUGUUCCUCGGAGGCACUUUAAUGCCACCGAGCAAUUUUUAAACAGCGACGAGCACUGGCGGAAUUUGGCAACACAGUUUGUCACUGAGCAUGUAAGGCUGCGAGAAAGAGAGCUGCAACAACGAGAGGUGAAGCUCCAGCAGCAGUCUCAGUGGCAAACUCUGUUUGCCAAAUUAAUUAAUUUAGGGGAAAUUAUAGCAAAUAAAAUAAAUAGUAAA